AUGCACCCUUUCGUUAUAGCACAACCAGAGGUCUCGGAGAGGACCUUGUGCUCAAAGGACAAAGUGCUCAUCCUUGGAAGCGAUGGUGUUUGGGAUCGAAUGAUUUCACAAGAGGCAGUGGACAUCGCUGCCAAGCACACUGAUCCCAAUGCAGCUGCUCGGGAAGUUGCCAGCAUUGCUCGGCAGCGAUGGCACGUGGAAACACAAGGCCAACUGUCAGAUGACAUAACUGCGGUAGUGAUGCAUUUGGACCAUGGUGAUCCAAUGAGAGCCUCUCCGCGGCCAAGCUCAAAGAACCGGACGUUGCUUCCAAACCCGACCCUUCCCAGGCCUUCGUUGGACACUGCCCCGGUGAAGGCCCGCGCCAGGCGGUUGGAGCCACUGAGGAGCACACGAGCUGAGAGGCUUGGUCUUUUGCACCUACCUGCAGCUGGACUUCCGACUCGACGUCGCGGAGGCCUUCAGCAAUCGUGA